GUAGUGACUUCCCGUUUAAAAAAUACCUUGUUUUACGAUUGAUGGCUAUUGCAGAAGAGGAUAACUAAACAUGAUAUUGCAUGGAGUUUUCCAUGAAGUAUCCUGUGUCGUCUUUUCUUUUCUACAAGUAAUUCUGUAUCAAUAUUUGAUGGUGGCUGCAAGUAACAGCAACUGUGAAAGGAGACCUCAUGGAUGUUGUGAAGGAUAUACAUUUAACGCUACUUUGGAUACAUGUGUAGAAUGCCAUAUUGGAUUCUUUGCCUCUAGUUGUUCCUUAACGUGUCCGUAUCCAACCUAUCGACGAGACUGUCAAAACAUUUGUAACUGCACAAAAGAUAUGUGUGAUUAUGUUCAGGGCUGCCUUAAAGAAAUUGGAAAUUUAGAAAACGGAACGGCCGUGAUUUCGAAGAAAAUUACGCAGAGAAAGCAGGGAGUUUCUACAAACACCCCGAUGACGUCAGCUCUGACUGGAUUGGUUUCUCUCUCGGUGCUGGUGCUGAUAGCGUACGCCAUUCAGAAGCGUUAUGGUGGAAGAGACAAACCUAUGCUGGACAUUAUGGAAAUGGGUCGACGUGAAAAACUAGACAAGUGCAACAAUCUUUAGUGGAACUAUUUAUCCGUGUAUCUAUUAACAUAUUGUACUCUAACAUUAUUUUUAAAUUAAAACCAUUUUAACAAGA